GUAAAUGUUGAGGAGGACGACCUUGACAACACACAUCCCUUAUCCAGAACCUCGCACACCAUGCCACCGCCUACAGUUCUCUAUGGAGUUAUCGCUUUGCUACUAACAUACCUCACGAGUGCUUUGGCGUUAUCGUCCACCUCCCGUCUGCCCACUCCAGCCAGAAUCAAACUCACGGAAAACUACAAAGAAGCAUCGGCUCUUUCGGAGAAAUUUCGACAAAAUCCAGCGACAGAGGAGCAGCAAAAAACUGUUGCCAUUAUCGGCGGUGGCCUCUCGGGUCUCGCAUGUGCCAAGUACUUGAGCGAUGCCGGUCACAAGCCCAUUGUCUAUGAAGCACGAAAUGUGCUGGGUGGAAAAGUCUCGGCCUGGCAAGAUGAAGAUGGGGAUUGGAUCGAGACGGGAUUGCACAUCUUCUUUGGAGCCUAUCCCAACAUGAUGAAUCUGUUUGAAGAACUGGAUAUUGAAGAUCGAUUACAAUGGAAACCUCAUCGAAUGACAUUUGCCAUGGCCGACAAGCCAGGUCAAUUCACAUCCUUUGAAUUUCCACCCGGAGUCCCUGCACCCUUGAAUAUGGCAGCCGCCAUCUUGACCAAUACGGAAAUGCUCACUUUGACGGAAAAAAUUCGCAUGGUUCCUGGAUUGCUACCCAUGCUGUUGGAGGGGCAAUCUUUUAUAGAUGCUCAAGACGAACUGUCAGUCUUGCAAUUCAUGCAAAAGUACGGAAUGCCAGAACGAAUCAACCAAGAGAUUUUCAUUGCCAUGGGCAAGGCAUUGGACUUUAUUGACCCGGAUCGACUAAGCAUGUCGGUCAUUUUGACCGCAAUGAAUAGGUUCAUCAACGAAGCAGAUGGAUCUCAGACAGCAUUCUUGGAUGGGAAUCAGCCAGAUCGACUCUGUCAACCAAUUGUAGAUCACAUUGAGAAGACAGGUGGACAAGUUCAAAUGGGGAAACCCAUUGCGUCGAUUGAUUUGAAUGCGGACAAUUCAGUCAAGGGUUUGCUGUGUGCCGACGGGAGCACCAUUACAGCGGACAUGUAUGUCUCAGCGAUGCCCGUGGAUGUCGUGAAACGAUUGAUUCCCUCAAGUUGGUCCACAAUGCCGUACUUUCGACAAUUGGACGAACUUGAAGGGAUCCCCGUCGUCAACAUUCAGCUUUGGUUUGAUCGCAAGCUAAAAGCCUUGGAUGGACUUUGCUUUUCCAGGAGUCCCCUGCUAAGUGUUUACGCCGACAUGUCAGUCUGCUGCGAAGAAUAUGCCUCCGACAAGGCAUCCAUGCUGGAGUUGGUCUUUGCUCCAUGCUCUCCCGUAGCAGGGUCCGAAAAGAAUUGGAUUGCUGCAAGUGACGAAGAAAUCAUUGAUGCAACCGUCAAAGAGCUAGCGAGACUGUUCCCCACCGAGAUUGGUCCCGGUGCCAUGGAUGGCGGCGCCAAAGUCACGAAGAGCACAGUUGUACGUGUCCCUCGAAGCGUCUAUGCGGCUACUCCAGGGCGUGGAAAGUUCCGACCCAGUCAGGAAUCACCAAUCGACAACUUUGUAAUGGCGGGUGAUUUUGCCAUUCAAAAGUACCUGGGUUCCAUGGAGGGAGCCGUGCUGAGCGGUAAGCUGGCUGCUGAAGUGGUGUGCGACAAGGCAGCCAACAAAGCAACCAAAGGAGUCCGUCAAGUCACAGAAAGCAUAGCCAACAAUGAAUGGCAAGAACGCAUACCAGCAGGAGUGAGAGGCAACUAUCCGAUUGCCUUUGGAGGAGGUCAGCAAGGUUCUGGUGCAACGGUUUCUCAUCCAUAAGGAGUCCAGCAUCACAGGCAUGCCUCCUCAGCAAUUCCAUACAAUGGUGCCUCAAGGCAACCGUCGCGAAUGUCAAGGCAACCGCCAGUUGCAAACCAGCCGGAGUGCGCCUGGAUCGUCCAAGUCCCAGGCGGCAAUGAGUGAAGAUCGGUUGAUGGCACAAUCCGCUUUGAGAAAGACCAGCACGCUCGACAGAGCUGAUAGCAAAGCAACGAACGCUGCGUCGAAUCACGUAGCCUUCAAUACUGAAACUAGGAACUUCUUUGAGUGGCUCUUGCCUCUAACUAACUAGAGAUCGGUAAGAGUGCAAGCUUCAGAGCACUGCUAUAGAUAGCUGCACAUUGAAAUCGGCUAUAGCUAGGU